GUUAAUACGGGUGAACUUUCUAUCUGUCUGGCAUCAGCUGGUCCACUUCAAAUGUCUGACGAGGACGAGCAAACUGUCAUGUCGGACAUAGAGGCUGACGAAAACUCAUCUUCCAACGGAGAUAAAGAGGAAAAGAAGGUUUGCCCUUUGACCCAAGAGACUACAAGUGAGGGGCUGUCAUUACUGUGCCGGACAGGAAAUGGACUCGGACAUGCGUUUGUCAAACUGGACCUAAAAGACAAGGGACUGACUGACAUAGCUGCAGUUAGCAGUUACAUUCACCUCCGCUUUCUGGACAUAUCCAGCAACCAUCUCAGUGACCUGUCGCCUCUGGCAUCUCUCGUCCAUCUGCUUUGGCUGAAGGUUGACAAUAAUGCUGUGGCACAUUUCAAAGGACAACCUUUUGCUCAGUUACCCUACCUGCAAUGGCUGAGUAUGGCAGCAAACCAGCUGAUGGACUUGGACGGCCUUGCUGGAGCUGCUUUAGAGAGCCUCACGCUUACAGGUAACAGGAUAAAGACAGUGAAUGGACUUCAGUGCGGUAGUUUUGCCAACUUGAUGACUCUGGAGCUGAGAGGAAACAGCCUUGAUAACACUGAUGGCAUCAACCUUCCCAACCUUCGGAAAUUAUAUCUGGCCCAGAAUUCAAUCAAAUGUCUGAAGGGUUUGGCGAUGUUGGAGCGCCUUUCUACCCUUCAUCUGCGAGACAACCAGUUAGAAACUCUGCAGGGUCUUAGCUCCAACAUGAAGUGUCUACAGUACCUCAAUGUCAGAGGCAAUGCAAUCACAGAGGAGAAUGCCCUGCAGUAUCUCAGGCUUGUGUCAAAAACACUGCGCACUGUGGUGCUCUCCAAUAACCCACUGGUUGAAACCACAGACUACAGAGUCAGUGUUCUGAUUCAUGUGCCUCAGCUGGAACGAAUUGACAAAGAUCAUGUCUCUCCUGAGGAGAGGACUGAGGCCCAGGAGAGAAUAAAGGAAGAGGAAAUAACUGAACCAUAGGAUUGGUAACGAUGACAAGAAGAAGGAAGUGUUUGACCUCCUUGACUUACUUCUAGUAAGAGGCGUGGUUGGAUGACUGGCGCUGUGUCUGUUUUGCAUCUUGUGUGAUGCAUCAUCCAUCAAUGUGUACAGUAAAAUUGAUUGUGUCAUAUUUUUACACGGUUCCAAACUAUUAUUUACAGCAAUAAAACUUAAAAAAAAAAUGUAUUUGUAUUUGUGUGCUUUGAUAAUCAGUCACAGCAGAGUGACUAAGGAAAAAGUAAUAGGCCUGACACAGUGACAUGCGGUAAGGUUGCUGUACCAACAAUAUGAUAGCAAGAAAAACAAAAUAUUAUUUAUUAAUAUAAGGUCUAAUUCGAUUUUUUUUAAUUGCAACUGCCUGCUUCAGUGUGUGUGGCACAGUGCCAUCAGAGGUGAGGCACAGCUCAUUGCUGCCUCACUUCACCGUUCUCCCGUGUAUUUGAACAGGAAAUGCUUUUGACCAUAGAAAUGUUGACAUCAUACAGAAAAAUAAUUUAUAUAACAGUAAAGUGAACAAAUUGAUUUUCUUUUUCAUUGAUAGUAUUUUACUUGUCAUGAUGACAGGGGAGGCAGUCGAUGGCCUGACUUUGCUUCUCAACACUCUUCCCCUGAGUAAGGAUGAGAUGGCAAAAUUGGAUGUUUCCUGGUUGGCAGGCUUCCAGCUGCAGAUUUAAAGGGACAGUGACACAGUGAAUUCAUCCAAGAGGGAGCAGGCUGAGGGAUCCGGUCAAAAUAAGAGCAUAAUCUCAUAUUCACAAAACCAAAUAUGGUAUCUAUAAGCCAUGCCUUAUUAUUCUUAUCUAUCUUCUAAAUUCCCAAAGUGAUCUAAACCCCUAAAAUAUGUUCCCACAUGACAUUUGUUUUGUGAGCUGGACCAUGAACUUUGUAUGACCAUAUUUCCUGGCUUUAUGAAUUUGUGAUUUUUGUUAGUUAAAACACUUUUAUGUGUAAAUAUUUGUAGAAUCUGUGUCUAUUGUGUCUAUUGUUGCACAUUUUCAUUUAAUGUCACAUCAGAGAACCAUAACUACAAUUCUCCACACUGUGCCACAAAGUGUAGCUUUAUAGUUAAUCCUAGUUCAUGCCUGUAUGUAAAAUCUGCACUAAUGUUAAACAAUUUAAUGCAAUUUUAAAAUUAAAUUAAGA